AGUAUUAAAUUUGCCAAGGUUUGAUAGAAAAACCGAUUCUUUCCUCAGUUUGAAUUACGUGUAAUGCUUGCAUUCAGUGAGGUUCUUAAAAAUAUUUAUACGUUUGCAAACAUUUUAACACAGGCUUACGGAGAAGAUGUGAAGGAAUGGAAGGAAAACUCUCUCCAUAAUGCUCAAAAUUGGGCAAAAUAUUGUGAAAAUGUAUUGUGCUUUGUAGAAAAGCAGACCAGAGGCAAGCCAUACAGAUCAGAACUGAACCAGCAUAUUGAAGGAAUGACAGUUGUGCUAAAUCCAGCUGCUUUACUUCAUCUGAAUCUGGACAUACUAAGCAAGGCUCAGUCAUAUUUGAUUCAGGUACUUUCUGAGAACCCCUUCAUGCCACAGAAACUAAUUGCAGUAAAACUGUCAUUAGAUCCAAGUGCAGCAGCUCAGCAAAUUUCAACAUGUACCAGCAAUAUGGAGCAAGCCCCUUUAAAAAGACUGAUCUGUAACAAUGAAGUUUAUGAAACUCACUGCACAAGAAAAUAUGGUCAAUAUUUAUUGAGCAGACUUGUGUAUUUACACAAUAUGCAACAUUCAGCCAAAAGGCUUGACAGAUUUUUGGAAAAACUUUUGUCAGAAAUUACAAGUUUGACGGAUGGAUGGAGUAUAGCUAUGUUUGCCCUACUUGGAGAAGUGUCUGACAUUGAUGCAGUGGAAAGUAUCAAAGAAAAGAUAACACAGAUUGUUUUUGGAAAACUUUCAAGCUGCCUUCACAACUGCCCAGUUGCCAUGCUGUGUGUGGCGUGUUGCCAUGACGACAUUUUCACGCAGUUUUACCUUAGUUACCUAGAGGCCUGGGGAAAACAGAUGACUCCAGUCUAUGGGAGUAGGCCAGAUGGCAGUCUCUACCAUUGGAGACACAAUACCGAUGAGUCCAUGAAAGAUUAUUUUGCCCUCAAUCAAUCCAUAAAAGCGCUCAUGAACUCGCAGGACAAACGGCUGUGUUCAGUGGUAAAACUUAGACUUAAAUCAAUGGCUGAUGAAUCGUUUGUCAAUGUUUGGAGAGAUUUGUUGAAAGUAUUGCCAUUUUAAUAAAGAAUAGUUAUUUUUCUCGAAAUGUCACGUAUGGUUGUAAAAACGUGUGAUUAAUUAUGGUGGAUAUUAUGUAGGUAUGUUCUGUUAUGUUAUAUUGUUCUUAUUGUUAUUAAAGAUAAAGGAGA